AUGGCGGCUAUCGACUUAAAUCGACCUGGCAUCGAGGUAUCACAAUUCACCGAUACCAGUGGCUAUGGCAGCACUCUUAUGAAAAUGCUCGUAUGGAUGCCCACUGAGGUCUCGAAUAUCUCAAAUCAUUGUGUCAUCCGCACUACCUUCCAUCAAUUUACGCUUUUCAAGAGAACGUUAAUUAACUACUUGGAGACAGCAAAGAGGGUCUACUAUGCUCCGAAGUCCCUUAAAGUGGAUUUCGGAUGCUCUACUCAAGCGACAAUGCUGGACGCUACAAGCGCGAUUCGACUGGGCCUGGUGAGUCGUCUGGGUCGACCGCGAGACAGCCAGACCCUAUUCAAGGCCAUCAAUAACACCUGCACCCUCAGUGGGGCACGUCGACUCAGAGGCUGUUUGCUGGAGCCGCCCAAUGAUCUGACCACGAUCACUUAUCGGCAGGACUCGGUUGCUGAGCUCAUCUCGAAACCUCAGAUUUUGCUUGAGAUUCAGAAUGUACUGGCAAAGUUCCCAGCCAUCGACAGUCUCCUCUCAAUGUGCGUCCACCUCUCCGAGUUCCCUGCGCCUCGUACUGAUCUACUUACUGGCACUGCCACCAACUCCGCCGCCUUCGCUAUCACCUCGCCCACCUUUCGCGACUGUUUGACCUCGUCCUCUGGCGGUCCUGGUGCAGGGGAAGACCUGCUCACACCAAGCUCGGACGUGCAGCGUGAUCAUCGACCAAAAAGGCUACGUACUGGCACUGCCUCCGGGUUGAACAUCUCCGCCGCUUCUGCCCCAACCUCCAACAUGGCUUCGGGGAGGAAGUCCAGCGUGGGCGGUGACAGUGAUGCCACCUCCUCACUGGUAUCAGCGGUAACGAUUGGCAAUAAUGCUGAGCUACGAAUCACCAAACUGAUUGCGAUCAAGCAUAUGUUGGAUCUCAUUCGACCACUGCAUGAUGCCCUGAAAGGGACGUCUUCUGCCCUUCUCAAGACUUAUCGAGAAAUACUCUCGGACGCUGGCUACGUUGAGCUACUGGAAAAAAUGACCACUGUGCUGCAUCAGGACGCUUGUGUCUGCAAGGGGACAUUGCAAAUGCGUGUACAGAAGUGUUUCGCCAUCAAGCCAGGAAUAAAUGUCCUUCUCGAUUUAACUCGACGCGCCUACGCCGAGCAGGUGGACGAUAUCUCGCAUUACGUAAAAGGCCUUGCUUCAGAGCACACUCUGCCUCUUCGUGUGGGUUACAACAAAGCGCGUGGCUUCUUCAUUCAAAUUCCCGAACAGGCGCUGUAUCUACCACCAGCACUGCGAACAAGGUCGGAAAUUUGCGCUGAGUCUGUCGGCUCCCACUUUUCAGGGUCGUCUUUUGACAGUCAAUCCCACACAAGGCGUCAUGGAUUGCCUGAAGUAUUUAUCAAGGUGCAAGUCGCCAGAGGAUUGAUAAACUGCACCACGGCUGAGCUGGUGAAACUGAACGAACGUGUGAAAGGAUCCCUCAACGAGGUCUACCUGAUCGCUGACAAUCUCGCCUGCAAGCUCAUUCACGAUCUACAUCCGGAAAUGAGUCUCUUUUACCGCCUCUCCGAGGCCGUCUCUGGUCUCGACCUCCUCUGCUCCCUCGCUCGCAUUGUCAUCUCUGCUCCUCCUGGUCACUGUUUCGUGAAACCUGUUUUCGGGGACACACUGGCCAUUCAAGAGGGACGGCAUAUGAUCAACGAUCGGUUCGGUGGCUGUCUACCGGUCAGCAAUAACACAUUCGCAUCUGCAUCACAGAAUGUCUUAAUCAUCCUUGGCACAAGUAUGAGCGGCAAGACCACGUAUCUGACCCAAGUAGCAUUAAUGCAAAUCCUUGCUCAGAUUGGUUCUUUCGUGCCUGCCAAAUUUGCUGCAUUCCGGUUGACAGACAAAAUUUUUGUCCGUAUGGGUUGUCGCGACGACAUGUCCACAAAUGCCUCUGCAUUCGCUCUGGAGAUGCGCGAGGUUGGUCACAUGCUCAGAUCAGCGACGGACAACUCUCUCGUCCUGAUUGAUGACCUUGGGCUAAGCACAACAGAUGAGGACUGCUUUAGUCUCAGCUACGCCAUCUGCGAUGCCCUGGCAAAAAUGCGUGCCUUCUCCUUCUUCACCUCCUCCGAUGCCAGCCUCUCCCAACUGCAGUUUGUUCACCUCAACGUCGAGAUCUGUCAUUUUGAGGUGGAGACACGGGGGACAAUGCAGGGUGGACGACGAAUUCAUCAACCGAGGAGCGCUAACAGCUCAAGUGACGGGUCCGUCGCGUCCACCUCAUUUGACGAGUCCUUCCAACUGCCCGCGAGAGGUGGAAGGGCUCCGGCAGUGGGUGAAGGUGGAAGAUUAAAAGGCGACGACAAACGUACUCUCUAUCGAUUCACCUACAGGCUAAAGAAGGGUGUUGGCAAGGAAACGCAUUCCGUCAUUGAUCAAAUUGGACUGACCGCACUAGACCCCGACCUAAUCGACAUCACAAAAAAGUACUAUAAUAUUUUAAUGAGUGGAAAGACCUCCGCAACCGACGUGACAACCUCUAACGCCAAAACUUCAGGCGUUGUCAUCGCUGGGAACUCAUCUGUUGAUCCAGCACCAAUGCCAGGAAGUGAACAGCUACGGAGGGCUGGACCUGUGACCUCAAAAGAGAAUCAAGAGGAGGAGGAGGAUGUUAUACAUCAGAUCACAUCGAGAGAAAUUGAGGGAGGAGUGGAGCAGAUGGGAAACCAGACUCCCCCUCUCGAUCAGCAUUCAAGCGCCACAAAGGACAAGGAACAGGAGGCACUCCCAAAGACCUUGAAUUUGGAUGUGGACGAGGGUACUCCCACGCUGCCGACUUCGACACCGUUGGCGCCCACUCAGCCACCUACUAAUCAGACGUCCAAGGGGGCAAGUACUGAGACGCAUCCGAAUAAGGGAAACGGAGGAGGUGGUGCUACCGACAGCCCUGACAACAAGGACAGCGAGGAAGGAGGAGGGCUGAGCAGUGUGGACCGAAUGGCGCACCGAUUGAUGCAGCAGGUGCAGAUGCUGGCGUGUGUGGUGCGCUGUGUGGAGCGCGCCUCGGUGUCAACCACCGGGGAGGCCUCUACUCAGAAGAAGGAGGAGGAGGAGAGGAGGGUACGCGACGCUAAACAGGAUGUCCUCUAUCACCUCACCUUCCUACGUGAUCGAUACGCCGCGGUGUUGAAAGGCCUGGAGGAGGAUUGA